GAAAGAGAGAGAAAGAGAGACAGAAGGGAAAGAAGCUAAGGAAAGAGAAGAAAAGCAACUCAGCAGGACUGCUAAGAGCCCAGCUCAACGAUGGCCAUGGCCCUGAGAGCGCUGAAGACGGCAUGCACCUGGGGCAGGCUCUGCCUCCUUCUCUCCCUCUUCCUUCAGCUGCCAGGCUCCCAGGCCAAAUGCUACUUCCAGGCUAAAGCUCCCUGCGAGUACGAGGGGAAGCAGUUCUCCCUUGGGGAGUCGUGGCUGAGCACCAACUGCCUGCUGUGCACCUGCCUGCACCCCAUUGGCGUCGGAUGCUGUGAGACCACCCAGCACCCCAUUGACUUCCCCGAUUGGUGCGAGGCCCACUAUGACACGCAGACCUGCCAGAUCUCGGUGGUACAGAAAGCCAACCCCAGCCUGCCAUGUGUGAAGAGCGUGGAGCACGAGUGGGGCUCAGCUGGCACCCCUGAGCCACUGAACAAGGUGCUGGAUGCGGGGCUUAGCAGAUAGAGUGCACGGCCUUGCAGUCAGCCCCACUCCCCCAGAGCACACCUCCUGCAUGCUCCACACCUGCCCCAGCCUGUAGACAUCACUGCAGCCACCUUCCAGGGAAACCACUAUCCAUGUACUGAGCUAACAUUUACACCCUAGCGCUGCCACAGUACAGCUCUGCUUCUGCCUUCAGCUUCCUGAACUCAGCUGGGGCCCCUUCCCCAGCAAGGCACUGCUCUCAAGAUGAGUGGUGAGGUGGGCCAGGCACACAAGCCCCCAGCAGGACCAGCAGACCCCGAGCUGUGAUUUUUGGGGGGAAUGCAGAUCCCCAGGGAUGUCCACCGAGCUGCACAGGGAAUUUUCAGCUCCAGAAGGACCACAGGACCAAAUUACACUACAUCCAGCUGCAAGUUAAACAGCUCCCACCAAAACCCCAGUUCCCUUGCCUGCAGCCUCUGGCAUCUCAGUGGGAAGCAUAGCAGUCCUGAAGCAUGACAUACUUUGGCCAGUUCCUUCUCUGCCCGAGUGCAAGAAGCGUAACCUGCUUCUUGAACCACUAAUGUCCAUGCUCCCACAGCUCCUGUGACCAGAACUCUGUGUGCUAGCCCUGGGUAGGCAGAACACUGGGCAUAUGAGGAAAACAGCUGUCCCCAUGAGGAGCCUGGCCCCCUGUGCAGGCUGCCCCACUCCAGCUGCAGGAAGCUGGGUGCCCCACUGGUGUUCAGAGAGCUGAAGCAACCUGUCUGUGCGAGCGUGGAGCUGGCUGCCCUGACAGCCUGCCCUAGCUGGUGCCAUGCCUGUGCUGUACAGAGCCUUGUGUAGAUGUUUCUGUUCUUGCAAUAAAGGUAUUA